UCUCUCUCUCUCUCGAUCUCUUCUUUUAUUUCUUCUUCUUGGCCAUGGCGGAGGGAGGAGGAGGAGACGAGGAAGCCAAGCGCACGAGACAUUGUUGAGGGUUUGAGACCUCCUCUCUCAUCGAGUUGAGUUGUUCGGCUCUCUCUCUCUCUCUCUCUACCCUUCUAGCUGGAGCACGCAGCAGAGGAAGAGGAAGAAGAAGAUUGGGAGGUUGAAUAUGGACGAAACCAUGGGGAGGAGAACAGUUGGUGGCCUUCUAUUGACCAAAGGGGGCUCAAUCCUUGUAUAUAGGGAAGAUAGCCCGCGCCACAAAGCGACCGCUUGCUGUACGCGCACUGGCUGUAGCAGUAAGCUUUUCCGUGACAAAGAGAAGAAAAUGCGCAGGCCAACCAAAGAAGCAGUGAUUCCUCAGAGAUCACUACUUGUCAGUGGAUCCAACAGGCUGUUACCUCAAGGAAGAAUGGCUUAUGGCAGCAGGAGGAAUGCAGCCGGCACCUGUAGCGAAACCGGCAACAGACCUAGAAGAGAAACUGCUGGACAGGAUCUUCUGGACCAUUUGAAAGAAAGAGUAAAUUCGUCGAGGAAGCGCUCAUUGAGUGGAGGGAGUAGCCCAUCAUCAUCAAACACAUCUAGUGCAGGUUCCUUGAGUAGUAGUAGUAGAUCAAUUUCAAGACAAUUGCAUCGAUCAGUUCCAAAGACAAGGAAGGAUGGAGGCACAAAUGGAAGCAAUGCCAGAAUGCGUAGUGAUAGUGGUGGAAAUUCUGGAGCAAAUGUGCAUAGGAGAGCUGAUUUGCAAGGACCUACCGGUAGGUUUGUUUCUCAAAGCUUGUUGAGACAUAGAAGCAGAAAUCAAGAAGAACCAGUAUCUCAUUUGGAAAACAGUUUGAAUGACUCCACUGAAUACUGGCGCUUCGGUGUGGAUGAAAGUGAUGAGGAUGCUUCCAGUGAUAGGCAUAGAGGAAUGAGAAUGGACAUCGACGACAUGUCUUAUGAGGAAUUGCUUGCUCUAGGGGAAACAAUUGGUACCGUGAGCACUGGCCUUCCAGAGGAUGAACUGUCAAAUUGUCUGAAGAGAAUCCACUAUGUGCCCUCAGCUUCAACAAGUCAUGAAGAUGGUGAUAUCAAAUGCAUAAUAUGCCAGGAGGAAUAUUUACCUGCCGAGGAGGUGGCCGAGAUGGCGUGCAAGCAUUACUAUCAUCUUGCUUGCAUCCAACAAUGGCUUCGGCAAAAGAAUUGGUGCCCCAUCUGCAAAUCCGUCGGUUCUGCUACGAAACAUUAGUGUACUUGAGAGAAUUGAACAAGAUGCAGAUUCAUUUUGUUUACAUAGAUUUUCAUUAUAUUCUUUGUUUAGAUUCAACUUGUUGCUCAAAUGUCCAGAACUGUUCUUGCUCUCACUCCACACAAUGCAGCGUGGGCAAAGAAAAGUAGCAGGAAAUAAAUCAAGGUAGAAAAAUUUUUUGUUAUUGAACAGACAACCCAUUCUAUACAGCAAUUUGAAGUCCACAUUAUUCGUUAUUGAUA